AGUUUACCGCAAUCCUCCAAAAAUAAACUUUGUUCCAAACGAGGGCACUACAUACCAGAUAAUAAUCUUUGACGUCGGUCUUUUAAUGGUCAGAGGAUAUUGGUGUGACGUUAAGAUUGUAAACGGCAUUAUUCAGGGCCAGGCUAAAAUGAAUUAUCGACCACCUGCCAAUCCUAUUCCUGUGGUCAAUCCAAUUUUGAUAAUUUUACUGAGAGAUACAGAGUGCUUCAGUAUUUAUGUGUGUGAGAGUCGAGGGUCAUCACGUAAUGAGGCAAACGACUGCAGACAAACGUUAGUCACACGUUUUGGUGACGGAAAAGAUAUAGUGGGACUGCAAGUGUUUUAUACCGAUGGCACAUCCCUGUUUGAGAAGUACAUGGCUUGUACUGAAGGCUACAUCUGUGACAGUCUUUGUAUUGACAAGUUCAAAGAAUAUGCUGUAAAUAAAAAGCCUAGCAUCACGUUUGCUGAUUUGGAUUUGAGUCAUCUGGACAUGUACGUCAACGUGUUCAUCGACAGCGACUUUAUUAGCAGAAUUUUCUACAGUUGUUCUGAAUGUUAUUCUUUAUCGGAAAGACGCUUUUCAAGAACAUCUGGAUUUCGUGCCAGGCCUGGGGAUGAUUUAAAAAUUAGCAGCCCAGAGAAACUGUGUGGGGACCUAUGUCACAACAACAGAAAAAUUGAAAUAUCCAGCACCAAGGAGAACAUAAUGGGGGACAGCAGCUAUUAUUCCUUUUAUUCUAUCGUAACUAGUAAAGACAGCCAGGUGCAAAUUGUAUGGAGGAAACCAAAUAUGAGACUUCCAGUGUCGUACACCAAGGAUAGGAUUGAUGAAUAUCAGAACUAUAAAGCAAAAGGAAAUAGUACCCGGCACAUGUUUCUGCUUCUGUUUUCACACACGAAUGCACUGAAUGGGGAUCUAUCAGUGAGUACUUCUGGCCUUGUGAAUAUCCCUGAAGUUUUCAAACUACGAGCGAUCAGUUGGCUGCUUUUUGAGCACCAAUACUUUACACCACAUGGAGAAAGGUUGUGGUCUCAGUCAGAAAAACCUGCGCUGGAUCUGACGUUCCAAUUGCUUUGA